UGCCCCCGGCCCGCCUGAAUGGGGCAGAUACAAGAUGGCGGCGAACGCGAACUCGGCCGGAGGCGGUGGCGGCCUCUCGCUCUUCGAAUGCCCCAGCUGGGCAGGAAAACCUCCACCUGGCUUACAUUUGGAUGUAGUCAAAGGAGACAAACUCAUUGAGAAACUCAUCAUUGAUGAGAAGAAAUAUUAUCUCUUUGGGAGAAAUCCUGAUCUGUGCGAUUUUACCAUUGACCACCAGUCUUGCUCUCGGGUCCAUGCUGCCUUGGUCUAUCACAAACAUCUCAAGAGGGUCUUCCUCAUAGAUCUAAACAGCACACAUGGCACGUUUUUGGGUCAUAUCCGUUUGGAAGCUCACAAACCCCAACAGAUACCCAUUGAUUCCACAGUUUCAUUUGGUGCUUCUACACGGGCAUAUACUCUGCGAGAGAAGCCUCAGACUCUGCCUUCAGCAGUUAAAGGAGAUGAGAAAAUGGGUGGAGAAGAUGAAGAGCUCAAGGGUUUGCUGGGCCUGCCAGAAGAGGAGACGGAGCUUGACAACCUGACAGAGUUUAAUACAGCCCACAACAAAAGAAUUUCCACACUAACCAUAGAGGAAGGGAACUUGGAUAUUCAGAGACCAAAGAGAAAACGGAAGAAUUCCAGAGUGACAUUCAGUGAUGAUGAUGAAAUCAUCAAUCCAGAGGACGUGGACCCUUCUGUUGGGCGUUUCAGGAACAUGGUACAGACAGCAGUGGUCCCUGUUAAGAAGAAACGGUUGGACAAUCCGGGCUCACUGACCACGGAUGACUCUGCGACACGGCGUAUGCAGAACUUCCCCUACAGCGGAGGAUUAUAUGGGGGUUUGCCUCCAACCCACAAUGAGGCAGGUUCCCAGUCACACGGCGUCCAUGGGACAGCACUCAUUGGUGGUCUGCCAAUGCCCUACCCCAAUCUUGCCCCAGAUGUGGACUUGACUCCUGUUGUACCUUCAACAGUUAACAUGAACCCAGCUCCAAAUCCUGCUGUCUUUAAUCCUGAAGCUGUGAAUGAACCCAAGAAGAAGAAAUAUGCAAAGGAGGCAUGGCCGGGCAAGAAGCCAACCCCUUCCCUGCUGAUCUGAGUUAGGGUUUGAUGAGGGAGAAUGGGAGUUACGAACUCCAGAAACUGUUUAUGUGUAGUAUUGUCCUUUUGCAAUUUUAAUGUCCUAACCAGAUGUAAUACGGAGGUUGGAGAAGCGAAAUAAUCCUUUAAAGAUCUGUCUUCAAACAUUUUUAUAACUGUUUAAAAAAAGACAACGACAAUAUAGCUACCAUCUCCCUCUGAA